CAGGCCAGACAUCAACACGCAGCGACCGUUGGAGUGGGUGAAAUCAUUAAUUUAACAAUUGAACACGAUUCCAUGAAGAUAGCUCGAUUCUUUUGGAAAACGUGAACAGAAAGAGAACAGAUACCCAUGCACGCACAGCAAAAGUGAAGAUAGUAAACAACGACUGGAUAUUAAAAUACAGUUGCUUCAGAUAAGGUGCUGGGCGAGAAGAUUCAGACGGAAAGGAACCAGGAAGCGGUCACCACAGAGGACCACAGUGGACAGGCGUUUUUUGGCCGGAGCGAGGAAGCGGCUUAAGAACGGGGGGCGAGAUCGAUAGCGAACGAGAGAGAGAGGAGGUGUUGUGUCGCGUGGCGUUGCGUUGCGUCGUGUGGCGUCACAUCGGCUGCAGGCAGCUGCGACCUCAUCUGGUCCGCUCCCCCUCUCCCUGACCCCCCCCCCCCCCCCUUCCUCUCUCCCUGUAUAUCCCGACACACCCCUAAACACACACUCUCACGGCGUGAUUGUACCUGUUUUUCUUGGAGCAUCUCUCUCAUAGUAUACCUCUGCUGGCACUGGCUGCCCAGUUUACAGCCUCUGGGACCGUGCUCUUCUUUUUCCCAAAAGGAGUCACACUCGUUUAGGGAUUUCUGCAGUUUUAUUGAUUUUUGCUAUUUUUGCUGUUUUUUCUUUUUUGUCUCUCUGCCGGGGAGAGUUAUUGGCUGAAGUGCCCAGUGUUUUUUUUUCCCCCUUUGGUUUGAUUUUGUUUUUUAAAAAUUGCCUUUUGUUUGAGUUGUGUUUUUUGACCCUUCUCCCACCCCAUCCCUUUCCUGAUUGAGGCAGCUAACCCCACUCUCUACCUUAUCCUUGGACUUCUCUCCCUCUCUCUCACACACACGUUGAGAACAGACAAGUUUGCAGCCACCCAAACACAGGCACGCACACAAACACGCACAGAGAGUAACAAACGCACACACACACACGCACACAAUCACUGGACUCAAACAGAACUCUCGGAUCCACACAGAACCCACCUGCUCCGCUCAACAGGACAGGACUUUCAGCUCUUGGAGGACAAGAGGAAUAUGACUGCUGAGACUCUCAACUUCGGCCCAGAAUGGCUCCGUGCACUAUCCAGCGGGGGCAGUGUGACUUCCCCCCCACCCUCCCCCGCCAUGCCAAAGUACAAACUGGCCGACUAUCGGUACGGUCGCGAGGAGAUGCUAGCACUUUAUAUCAAAGACAACAAGGCUCCUGAGGACAUGCAGGAUAAGGAGUUUGCUGCUAUUCUGCAGGAGGAGCCUCUGCAACCUCUGGCUCUAGUGCCUCUGACUGAGGAGGAGCAGAGGAACUUCUCCAUGUCGGUGAACAGCGUUGCUGUCCUGAGGCUCAUGGGAAAAGGAGGCGGGGCCAUCCCCGCCGGCGUUGCUCGAGGCCGAGGCAGCACGCGAGGAGGCAGAGGACGAGGAAGAGGAGACAGUGGAUUCUACCAAAGAAGUAUUGAAGAUGGAGAGGUGGGCUUUGGGCGCUGUGGAAGAGAAAUCCAUCGCAGCCAAAGCUGGGAUGACAGGGGCGAGCGGCGCUUCGAGAAGCCGCUACGGCGCGACGGCGUGCGUGUGUGUUUCGAGGAGACGGCGAGCGGCAGCAGCGUCGGCGUCGGCGUCGCCAGUGCUGUCGGCGUCGGCGUGGCGACGGCCGGCGGCCGGAAGGACUUCACGCGCUCGGACAGCGACAACUGGCGCACACUCCGCGAGGAGCAGGAGGAAGAGGAGGGGGCCGGGACCACCGAGCCCGGAGGCAGCUGGAGACUGGCCGGCUCACGCCGAGAUGAUGGCGGUCCUCGUUCGGCGGGCUGGCGGGAGCACCCUGGCGAGGGCCGGCGCCGGAAGUUCGACUUUGACUUCCGGGAGGCUGGCGAGGGCGGGCGGCGGCGGGCGGGCAGCGACGGCCUGGAGGACGAGCGGGACGGGCUGCCCGAGUGGUGCACCGACGAGGAGGACGGCGAGAUGGGCACCUUCGACUCCUCCGGCGCCUUCAUGCCCUUGAAGAAGGGCUCUAAAGACCCCAUUCCCGAGGAGCAGGAGUUUGAGUUCCAGGGCCUAGAGGACGAGGAUGACGAGCUCAUGGCCACCGCCAGGGAGGAAGAGCGGAACAGCAGCGGAGAAGGAGAGAGACUGGACAAAGAUGUGAAAGAAGCCUUGACUGAGAUGGAGGUGAAGCCGGUCUCCCCCUCCUCCCCUCCUUCUCUCCCGCUGUCCUCCAUGCCUAUGCCACCUGCUCCCCGCUCUGAGUCUGUGACUGCUCCCCCUGCUGGUCUGGAAGAGCUGCUGCAGCCCGCCAUCAGCAAGAACACCACUGAAGAGGCAGCUCCACAGCUCAGCCCCUCUGCCAGUCUGCCUUUGCCCCCUUCCUCAGCUGCUAUUCACCCCCCGCCACCGGGGGGCGACACCGAGGAUGACGAGGGCAUGAAGCACUUGCAGCAGGAGGCUGAGAAGAUGGUGGCGUCUCUGCAGGACUCGUCGCUGGACGAGGAGUGCUUCACCCAGGCGCUGCAGGAGAGCCGCAACACGGCGUCCGCUCUGCCCCUCUCCCACGAGGCCGCCAUGAAGUGGUUCUACAAGGACCCGCAGGGAGAGAUCCAGGGCCCCUUCACCACGGUGGAGAUGUGCGAGUGGUUCCAGGCGGGCUACUUCUCCAUGACGCUGCUGGUGAAGCGGGGCUGCGACGAGGGCUUCCAGCCGCUGGGCGACGUCAUCAAGAUGUGGGGGCGCGUGCCCUUCGCCCCCGGACCCUCGCCACCCCCCCUCCUGGUCCGACCGCAGCAGCAGCAACAACAACAACAACAACAACAACAACAACAACAACAACCCCCCCCAGCACGCCAGCCUGCAGCCAGGGCCAACACCGGGAACAUGGAUCAGGAGCGCCUAAAGAAACAGCAGGAGCUGGCGGCUGCAGCAGCUCUCUAUCAGCAACUCCAGCAGCAACAGCUAUUCCAGCUCAUCAACAGCAGGUGUGGCGAGCAGGGUAUGAUGCCUUCGAUGAACAGGUCAAUGUCAGUGCCAGAUACAGGGUCCAUGUGGGACAUGCAUACCUCAGCCUCACAGCCGACAGGCGGUGAGGCCAGUCUAUGGGACUUAACAAUGAAUUCUUCAACUCAGGGUCCAACUCUUGAACAGCUUCAAAAGCUUCAGCAGGAGAGGAGAGAGGCUGAACUCAGGGCCAAGCGGGAGGAGGAGGAGAGGAAGAGGAGGGAGGAGAAGAGGAGGCAGCAGCAGCAGGAGGAGCACAAGAGGAGAGAGGAGGAGGAGAUGUUCCGACGCAAGCAGUGUCGUCAGCAGCAGGAACUGAUCAUGAAGUUGCUGGCGCAGAACCAGAGCCAGGGGGGCCCGGCGUCGGGCUCAGGCUGGUCCGGAGGCUCCGCUACUGGGCUGGGCAAGCCGGGCAAGGCCCUGGGGCUCCUGGAGCUCCAGCAGGAGGCCGAGAGGGUGAAGCAGCAACAGAGAGCCCAGCAGCAGCGUGAGCGGCAGCAUGCAGGCCUGAUGUCGGGCCAGUGGGGGGAGGGGGUGGGGUCUCUCUGGGCCAGUGGGAGUGGCCUGGAGGGGAAGUCAGGCGGAGGGGGUGGAGCCAUGGGGAUGUGGGACGAGGCGGUGAAGAGCCAAGCCGGCAUACGGGGCAUGAGCCACAAGAACAGCAGCAGGAGCAGCCCCUCACUCAGUGAGCGGGAGCAGUACAUGCUUCGUCGUAAGCGUACUGAGGAGGAGGAUAAGCUGCUGAAGCUGCUGCAGGGCAUGAAGCCUCAGGACGGCUUCACCACCUGGUGUGAGCAGAUGCUGCACGCGCUCAACAGCACCACCAACAACAACGCCUCCUCGCUCGAUGUGGCCACCAUCGUGGCGUACCUGAAGGAGGUGGAAUCUCCGUACGAGGUGCUGGACUUCAUCCGGUCCUAUCUGGGGGACACCAUGGAAGCCAAAGAGUUCGCCAAGCAGUUCCUGGAGCGCCGUGCCAAACAGAAGGCCAACCACCAGAGGCAGCAGCAGCAACAGCUCUCAAAGGAGGUGGCUGGACUGACCAUGAACAACUUCGCUCUACAGGAUUCCAUGCGUGGCGUGACCCCCAGCGCUCUGCAGUCCAUGUUCCAGGCGGCUCAUGCCGGGAAAGGGGGCGUGGCCUACGACCAGGCCGCCAAGCUGAAAAAGAAACAGCCCAUGAUGCUGCACUCUGACCCCAGCAUCCUUGGGUACUCAUUCCACACUGCAGGGGAGCGCCUGAGCCUAAAUGAGAUGGAGAUGGUGGAGGAUUACUGAUCUACAGCAAUAGCUACCUGAGGCCUUUUUUCUAUGUAACAAAAGAAAAAAAAACAAAACAACAACAACAACAAAAAAACAACAACGUGGUGUCCAAGUAAUCAGACACCCCGAUGACCAAUGUG